UCCACUUGAGCCUGCAGUCUUCACACGCAUACACUCAGUCUCGUUCUGCGCGUGAGUUUAUCAAUGACUCUCGUUGGGUACAAAGGCUAUCACUUGUCUUAAAAGUAAAACAUCUAAAGUGACAUGAAAAAAAUUGUGUUCACAUUUCUUAUCUUCUAUUUUGUUUCCUUAGCCCAGGGAGGCCAGAAUGAAGAGUUGGAGAGACAUCCAAGUGACGGCUGGUACAACAAUCUCUUACACCCAGACUGGGGAGCCAUUGAUACACACUUGUUAAGGCGGAGUCCUGUUAGUUAUAGAGAUGGUGUCUAUGAGCCAGCUGGAAAAGGUCUACCAAAUCCAUUCGACAUUAGCAGGAUAGCUUUCAAUGGGUCAAACAACUUGAGUUCAGAGAGAAACAGAAAUGCUUUAUUGGUAUUCUUUGGCCAACAACUUGUGGAGGAGAUCAUGGAUGCUCAAAGACCCGGAUGUCCGAUAGAGUAUAUGAAUAUCCCGGUGCCACUGAAUCAUAAAUACAACCCUAGAAAGAUAAAAAAUCUCGAGAUGCCGUUUUUGAGAUCACGUUACGACCAAAGGACCGGCUUCUCGCCAAACAAUCCACGGCAACAGUUGAAUGAGAUCACACCCUAUAUUGAUGGUAAUCUUGUGUACGGAGCCGGCAAAGCUGUCGAGGAUACACUCAGGUCAUUCAAGAACGGGGAACUGUUGGCAGACAACAAUGAUAUUAAGAAAAGUUUUCCUGCUAAGAAUGACAUCCGCUUGCCCUACGCUAACCCGCCAUCACCUAGAGACCACGUAUUGAGACCAGUCAGUCGAUUUAGAAGAGUUGGUAACCCAAGGACUCACGAAAAUCCAUUUUUAUAUGCCCUACAAGUCGUCUGGUUCAGAUAUCACAACUACCUGGCUCGGGAAGUGAAAAAGUCACAUCAAAACUAUAGCGACGAACAGAUAUUCAAUGCUGCGCGGAGACUGUCUAUUGCACAGUAUCAGAAAAUUGUUAUGUACGAGUGGCUGCCGGCCUGGCUGAAAAUUGAUGCCAAUGGAAAUGUUUUCAACAUCCGUGAAGAUUAUCCAUAUGAAGGUGGUGGUAAAAACAAUUACUCAGGAUACGACCCAAACGUUCAUCCGGGUAUAAGCACAGAGUUCCAAGCAGCCGCAUUCAGAUUCGGCCACACGUUGGUUCCUCCUGGCAUAGUGACAAAAACAAUUAAAAACGGUGCAUGUCAAGACGCUGAGAGAGAUGUCAAAGCCAAAUUUACAUCAAAACCUGAAGGUGGUGAGAAAACUCAAAAAGUGACAGGGAUCAGGCUUUGCAAUGCUUACGGGGUGCCAGAAGAAACCGUGGAAGUAGAAAACGGAAUGGAUGAUGUCAUUAGAGGAUUGAUUUUUACUAGAGCCCUUAAAGAAGAUAACAUCAUUGUCAGUGAUCUACGAGAAGAGGUAUUCGGUCCACUUGAUUGGUCAAGAAGAGAUCUUGGUGCAUUAAAUAUUCAGAGGGCCCGUGAUAAUGGACUACCAGGCUACAAUGAUGUCAGGCAAGCUUAUGGGUUACCUAGAAAGGAGAAUUGGCUUGCCAUUAACAGUAAUUACGCAGUGAUACUAUCAGAAUUGCAAAGGUUGUAUGACUUUGACAAAACACCAGACAGACUUGAUGUAUUUCCUGGGGGACUCCUAGAAACUGUACCAGAUGGACCAGGACCUUUGUUCACAAAGAUUAUUCUGGAACAGUUUUUACGUAUUCGACAUGGUGACAGGUUUUGGUAUGAGAACAGACAGAACAGGCUUUUUACAGAUGCAGAGAUUUCACAAAUUGAAAUGACUACAUUUUUUGACGUUCUACAAAAAGUGACUGGAGCCUUGGAUGAGCCAGUGAAUGUUUAUAAAUCUAAUGUCUUUUCAUGCAGAACUAUCUCCCCAACCAGCUGCUUUUGCAGUGAUCCAUUCUUGGACACAUUCAAUCCAAGAGAAGUCUGUGUACCUUUACAGCACUAUGAUUACUUUUCAGGAAGUGAUCUGCCCUUUAUUCUCACCGUACUGGCCAUUGUACUCUCUGUACCAAUUGCUUUUGUCAUCAUGUGUCUCAUGGCAAAAAUGAGAAGCAGUUCAAGCUUUUCUAGCUCAAGUAAAGACAAAGCUAAUCCUCCAGCUGGACCCAACUAUUUCUAUGCUACAGAGUGGGUUGGUAGAACAGCAUUAGGAAGUCUGAACAGCAGAGAGGUCAAAGUCGAGCAUGACAGUCAAAGAAUGAAGAUUUUUAUCUAUAAUGUCUCUGGUCAAGUGGUCCGCAUGAUUGACCUCAGGGCAAGGGGGAAACCCAAGAAGGAUAAAUCUACUGCAUCUGUCUCCAGAUCAAAUGACAAAGGAAACAGGCUGAUGAUGUUGACAGUACCUGGAGAAAUUGAUGUGGUUUUGUAUUUCCCAUCAAAAGAAGAUCGUGAUGACAGUUUUAUUAAAAUCCAAGGGUUUUUGAAAAAGCAUAAUUGGAAUGUACGUCAAGCACCAAGCCUUUCUGAACAGAUCAUGUGGAGAGAAGCUAUGACCAUUGAUCAGAGGAAAGAAGUUCUUGCAAGAUUUUUCAAGGGAGUUUUAGCUGAACUCUCUGGUGAAGACAUGAAAACUGAGAUUGGUUUGAACCAGGAACAAAUAGAUGAAGUUCUUUCUACUCGACUGACCAGGACAGAGUUUGCUGAUGCAUUGGGAUUACAACCUCAGUCAUUGUUUGUCAGAAAUUUGUUUCUAUUAGUUGACUCCUCUGGUGAUGGCUUUGUGUCUUUUGAUGAAUGUAAAACUUACUUUGGAAUACUUUCUUCUGGAAAACCUGAAGAUAAAGCGAAAAUGUUCUUCAAAAUGUUCGACACAGACAGAAAUGGGAAACUGACCAAACAAAACUAUAAGAAAAUGAUCAUGUCUCUUGUGGAGAUGAAUGAAGCUGAACAGAAAAGUGACUUGGAUGCUAUUGUAGAUGCUGUAUUCAAACAAGUUGGAAAAGAUAAAGUGGGCUACAUGACCUUUGAAGACUUUAAAAGUAUAAUCUUGUCAAAUAAUGAUGCCAUUUGGAAGUCUGCUGUUUUAAAUCUUGAUGUUGGUGGAGAGACAGCCAAGUUGGGACUAAAUAAAAAUAAUAGAUCAACUAUAAAAGAUAGAACCAAAUCUUUUGUAGCUGGAUACCAGAAGAUACAAAGAACUACUAGCUUGUUAAAUGCUAUAGCAUCACAACAGGUUAAUUUUACAUCCAAACCUCAGACAGUCUCAAAGACACAAUUCCAGAGGUUUUGUCUCUAUGUGGACAACCACAACAGACAGAUCUUCUGGUUAACUCUCUACACUUUGGUCACACUGGGCAUAUUUAUUGAAAGAGCUUACUAUUAUUCAUUUGAGCGUGAGCAUGCUGGGCUGAGACGUAUGGCUGGUUAUGGUGUGUCUGUGACUCGAGGAGCAGCAAGCGCCCAAAUGGUUACUUAUGCUAGCUUACUUGUGACAAUGAGUCAAAACACUUUGACAUUCUUAAGAGAGACUUUUUUACAUCGAUUCAUUCCUUUUGAUAAUGCUCAUGACAUGCAUCUAUACAUAGCUUUCUUGGCCAUCAUGUUCACAGCCAUUCAUUGUAUUGGACACUUGAUCAACUUCUACCAUAUCUCCACACAGCCAUCCUCAGAUUUAAAUUGUUACUUCACUGAAUAUUUCAGACCCACUCAUGUAUUGGCCAGCUUUAAAUACUGGACAUACCAUACCAUAACAGGCCUAACUGGGGUUGCUCUGGUACUAGUUCUUGUGGUGCUUUAUGUUUUUGCUACACCAUUUGCCAGAAGAAAUGUUUUCAAGUAUUUUAGAGCUACACACAACCUGUACAUACUGGUAUAUAUUCUGAUAUUUCUUCAUGGCCAUCAAAGACUUGUGCAAGUCCCACUUUGGCCAAAUUUUUUUUUGGGUCCACUGAUCCUUUUUGUAAUAGACAAACUUGUGUCUGUCAGCAGAAAUAAAGUUCUGCUUAUAGUAAGUAGAGCAACACUACUGCCAUCUGGUGUCAUCAGUUUACAUAUCAAAAAGCCAUUGAGUUUCAACUACCAGUCUGGACAGUGGGUCAGAGUAGCCUGUCCAGUGCUUGGAGAAGGGGAGUACCACCCAUUUACCUUGACCUCAGCACCUCAUGAAGGCUUUAUUAGUCUACACAUUCGAGCAGUUGGACCUUGGACCACAAACUUUCAUCAGUUGUUUGACCCUAAUGUCACUACAAAGUCAAAUAUUCCAAAAAUUUAUUUGGAUGGUCCAUUUGGUGAGAGUCAUCAAGAUUGGUAUCGCUUCCCUGUGUCAGUCUUAGUUGGUGGAGGAAUUGGAAUUACACCGUUUGCUUCAAUUCUGAAAGACAUUGCCCAUAGGUCAAGUGAAGUCAGUCAGAUACCAUGUCAGAAGGUUUAUUUUAUCUGGGUGACACGCACUCAGCAAAGUUUUGAAUGGAUGACUGAGAUAAUAAGACAAGUGGAGGCAGCAGACACUGCAGGAUUUGUUGAUGUACAUAUUUGUGUCACGCAGAUGAAAGAAAAAUUUGACCUGCGGACUACAAUGUUGUAUAUCUGUGAACGCCACUUCCAGAAAAUUGCAGGCUUGAGCAUGUUCACUGGUUUACGAGCAAAGACACAUUUCGGUAGACCAAAGUUUCAAGAUUUUUUUGAGGCCCUAAAAAUUGUUCAUGAAAAUGUAUCUCAAAUUGGAGUAUUUAGUUGUGGUCCACCAUCAAUGACCAGAAGUGUUCAACAGAGCUGCACAGAACAAAACACAUUCAAAGGACCUUCUCUAAUUCACCAUUUUGAAAAUUUUUAGAAAAUAAUUUCAUUUUUUUAAAUUUUUAAUUAAGAAUAAGUUAAUAGAUCUUAAAAAAAGCAUGUUUGUUAACAUUACUUUUCUUUAAAUCAAAUUGUUUUGUUUUGUCACAUCAAGUAUAAAGUAAUAUAGAUGUCAAUAUAAUUGCUUGAGUUCAUCCUUCUGUUUUUACCAUGAUGAAUUGUAGCAGGUAUUCUGUUGCUUGAGUUGUCCUUUUUGAUUGAGUAAAAAUAUUCAUUUUUGAUUAAAAUAUUUUUCUUUUUGUUUGGCUAGCUAAAUUUCUUGCAGGAAACGCCUCCAAAAAAGCAGUAUAAAUGAUUUUAAUUUAGUUUGCAAUAUGUUUAUGAAGAAGUAAGCCCUUUAGUCAGCUUUUCUGUCUCAUAUUUAGAUUUCAUAAAAUAAAAGUGUUAAGGAAAAAUUUCACCACCAUGUUAUCUAAAAAUAAGCGCAACUGCUAUUUUUAGACUCAGUUAAACUUUUUAAAAUUAAAUAUGCAAGCUUUUUUUUAUAUCCAUCUUUUUCUUUUUUAAAGAUUUCUAAGUCUCAUAUAGUUGCAAUACAUUGUUUCAUUAUUUAAUGUUACAGUUUUGAUUAGCACAUCAUAUUUGAGUACAUAUCCUGCCGAUUAAUCCUCAACAGGACAAUCUAUUUGUUCAGCCCAUGAAUCCAAAAAGGAUAUAUUUUAAAAAUUUUAUUGAGAAAUUGGUUUGCAUUGUUUGUUAAUAUAAAUGUCUUUGUGUAAUUUAAUGUGUGAGUAUGACUGACUAUCUGGAAGCUUGUACUUCAAAGACAGGGUUGAUGGUAAUUUUUUAUUUUAUUUUACACUUGAAUUACAUGCUUCACAAAGCUUAUUGUUCAUUUAUUCAUUCGUUAAAGUGCAAAUCUCUUCAUUAUAAAUCAUACACCUAUAAAGUGACAUGUAAAAUAAAAUGUCAUUUGUAUUUUUAUGCCA